GCGCAGUGGGAACAAACAAAGGGCACACUUGGUACGGUCCACGCCGCGCCCCGCGCCGCCGGAAGUGAGGUGUCUUACCCCCGAAGUUCCGGUUCGCAGGGGGUGGGGAGUGUUGUUAACCCGAGCGGCUGCCGCAGUCGCGGAGAUUGAGCGGGCUCGCGGCGCUGGGCUCCUGGUCUGCGGGCCAGGGCAAUGUUCCGCACCGCAGUGAUGAUGGCGGCCAGCCUGGCGCUGACCGGGGCCGUGGUGGCUCAUGCCUACUACCUCAAACACCAGUUCUACCCCACUGUGGUGUACUUGACCAAGUCCAGCCCCAGCAUGGCAGUCCUGUACAUCCAGGCCUUCGUCCUUGUCUUCCUUUUGGGCAAGGUGAUGGGCAAGGUGUUCUUUGGGCAGCUGAGGGCAGCAGAGAUGGAGCACCUUCUGGAGCGUUCCUGGUAUGCUGUUACUGAGACUUGUCUGGCAUUCACCGUUUUUCGGGACGACUUCAGCCCUCGCUUUGUUGCGCUCUUCACCCUCCUCCUCUUUCUCAAAUGUUUCCACUGGCUGGCCGAGGACCGUGUGGACUUUAUGGAACGCAGCCCCAAUAUCUCCUGGCUCUUUCACUGCCGAAUUGUCUCCCUUAUGUUCCUCCUGGGUAUCCUGGACUUCCUCUUCGUCAGCCACGCUUAUCACAGCAUCCUGACCCGUGGGGCCUCUGUGCAGCUGGUGUUUGGCUUUGAGUAUGCCAUCCUGAUGACAAUGGUGCUCACCAUCUUCAUCAAGUAUGUGCUACACUCCGUGGACCUCCAGAGCGAGAACCCCUGGGACAAUAAAGCUGUGUACAUGCUCUACACAGAGCUGUUCACAGGCUUUAUCAAGGUUCUGCUGUACAUGGCCUUCAUGACCAUCAUGAUCAAGGUGCACACCUUCCCGCUCUUUGCCAUCCGACCCAUGUACCUGGCCAUGAGGCAGUUCAAGAAAGCUGUGACAGACGCCAUCAUGUCCCGCCGAGCCAUCCGCAACAUGAACACAUUGUAUCCAGAUGCCACUCCUGAGGAACUUCAGGCAAUGGACAAUGUCUGUAUCAUCUGCCGAGAAGAGAUGGUGACUGGUGCCAAGAGGCUGCCCUGCAACCACAUCUUCCACACCAGCUGCCUGCGCUCCUGGUUCCAGCGACAGCAGACCUGCCCUACCUGCCGAAUGGAUGUCCUAAGAGCAUCUCUGCCAGCCCAGUCACCACCACCUCCUGAGCCUGCGGAUCAGGGGCCACCCCCUGCCCCUCAUCCCCCACCACUCCUGCCUCAGCCCCCUAACUUCCCCCAGGGCCUCCUGCCUCCUUUUCCUCCAGGCAUGUUCCCGCUGUGGCCCCCCAUGGGUCCCUUCCCACCUGUCCCACCUCCCCCAAGCUCCGGAGAGGCUGCAGCCCCUCCAUCCACCAGUGCAGCCCUUUCUCGGCCCAGUGGAGCAGCUACAACUACAGCUGCUGGCACGGGUGCCCCUGCCCCAGCACCUGGCUCUGCCCCAGAGGCUAGCCCUGCCCCAGGCUUUCCCUUCCCUCCUCCCUGGAUGGGUAUGCCCCUGCCGCCACCCUUUGCCUUCCCCCCCAUGCCUGUGCCCCCUGCGGGCUUUGCUGGGCUGACCCCAGAGGAACUGCGGGCUCUGGAGGGCCAUGAGCGGCAGCACCUGGAGGCCCGGCUGCAGAGCCUGCGCAACAUCCACACUCUGCUCGAUGCCGCCAUGCUGCAAAUCAACCAGUAUCUCACUGUGCUGGCCUCUUUGGGGCCCCCCCGGCCUGCCACUUCUGUCAACCCUGCUGAAGAGACUGCCUCUCCAGUGGUCGCUGCUGCCUCCUCUACCAGCAUCCCCAGCUCUGAGGCUACCACCCCAUCUCCAGGAGCCUCCCCACCAGCCCCUGAAACUGAAAAGCCUCCAGCUCCUGAGUCAGUGGGUGCCGAGGAGCUGCCUGAAGAUGGAGAGCCUGAUGCUGCAGAGCUCCGCCGUCGCCGCCUACAAAAGUUGGAGUCCCCUGUUGCCCACUGACACUGCCCCUGUCCUCACCCUGUCCCCGCUCUCUUGAGCAGCCCUCGCUGGAACAAGUCCUGCCACCAAGUGCCAGCUCCCUCUCUGCACCAGGGAGUAGUAACCCCAGCUCUGAGAAAGAGGAGGAGGCAUCCCUGAGGCCAAGUGGAAAGAGGCUGAGUUCCCAGUCCAAGACUCCAGCCCUGAGGCCCAGGCGGGCAUGGGGAUGCUGGGUCAACUUCAGCAUUCCUUGCCACCUCUUCAGCCCUGUGUUCUGCUGGGGCAUAGCUGGAGCUGUGAAGGCAAAAGGUUCAGCCUCUGAGAACCCCCUUCUUUCCCAUCCAUUUCUGGGAGAAGGGGCAGACCCUCCAAGCCCUCCUUGUAUGCGGGGUCACACUGCAGUGCCGAACAGUAUUAGUUCCCAUACCCAAGUGUGGACCCCAGAGGGGCUGGAGGCAGGCCAGGAACUUGCCCUGGCCCUCCUGCCAAGACUGGUACAAAUUUCCUUUUCUUAUCCUGAUCUCCCCCAGAAGCCCCUUUGUGGUGGAGCCCCUUUGUGGUGGUGGCUAUGCCCCCUGUGCCCUGUGGCAUUUCCACGUCUUACUGGCAACCACACAACUCAGGGAAAGGAGUGCCUGGGGGUGGGGGGCAGGCGGGCAGCACUGAGGGACCCUGCCCUGCCCCUCCCCCAGGCCCUUUCCCCUGCAGCUUCUCUUAGGUGAGGCUGCCUCAGUCUCACCCUGUAGCCACUGCCCAGCCACAGCCGGGCUGAGGGCUAGUGUGCUGCUCCUUAACCACUGCAACCCAGAAUCCAAGGAAGGCCACUUCUCACCUUGCAGAACUUAAGAUUCUUAAGUUCAGAAGGAUUGGAACUACUACCUUAUUACCUGGUGGCUUUUGGCUUAAAUUUUAUCUUUUGAAUUUGAAUGCCCAUCCCCAGGAAAGAGAAGCCAGAAGUACAGCUCCUCCUCUCCACUUUAGAACAGGCUCUGGGCCAGGCAGGGACCACAGGAGCCAAGGCCUGCCUGUCCCUUUCUUCCCCUUGGUUUUGUGUUACAAGAGUUGCUGGAGACAGUUUCAGAUGAUUAUUUAAUUUGUAAAUAUUGUAAAAAUUUUAAUAGCUUAAAUUGUAUAUACGGCCAAAUAAAAACUUGCAUUAAUGA